UGCAUUCCCCGCCAAGAUUGGACCCUGAUCGCCAGCAACGACGCUGCGGUCAGCUCAGAUUACCGCCUCCCCGCCUUAGGUCAUAAAGGUAAUUGGGCAUCUGGGUAUUCAGAUAUCAUCUCGUACCUUACCAAACAUGGUAUUCUACACAUUGACGAUGACCUCACACCGCUGCAGAGGGCAGAUUCCCUCGCCUGUGCCUCUUUACUAACGGCUCGUGGAUCUGGUCUGCUCGCUAUGUCCCUCUAUGUCUCUCCCAGGGCAUGGGUUGAGAUGACUCGGCCUGCCUAUUCAUCCCUGCUGCCAUUCCCGCUCACGUGGACUGUGCCUCCAGCUGUCCGUGCCGCCGCUGUCGAAAAGGCUGAACAUCUUGGCAUUGGCUACCUCGCGGCUGAAGUAGAUGCCGAGGAAUCGUCGUCUGCUGGUCUAGUCGAAACAACUUCGACCGGAUUUCUCCGGCUUCGGGAUCGUCUCGGUCCCAGCAACACUAUGCAGCCCGAGCACACAGCCGCUAUUCGGUUCCAACAUUUCGCAGAGGACUUUUACUCCGUCUUGGAUGAAUUUCGAGGGGACAAGAUGUUCUUCCUGCGGGAUGACAAGCCAUCAUCCAUCGACUUUUUAGCCUAUGGAUACCUUCAGCUGAUGCGCGUGGAAACGCCGCACCCCAUUCUUAAAAACGCGCUAGAAAAAUCCUAUAGUCGCUUAGUCGUAUUCAUAACAGAACUGCGUUCCUAUGGCCACGAUAGGGAAUUGCCGUGGAGGGAGCCCAAGGCGAGGGGUGCGCUCGGGUUGAUUGGUCGCUUUGCCGAAGGAUCAAUCGAAGCCAUUCCGGGCGUCGGUGGCAGCUGGCGAAAGUGGCACAAAGGUAGCGUCGAUACCCGGAACACCGAUGACGUGAGGGAUCCUACUCAGCUGAUAGUCGCCGUCGGGGGAGCUGUCACGAGCGUCGUUGCGCUAGGCGCUGUGGCAAUCUUUCGCGCCUUGUCACCCUUCGGUGCCAGCACGCAUCGCUUCGAAGCGGCGAGGGAAGACAGAGCCAGACUGCGCCAAUUUGGCGAAAUAGGUUCAAUAUUAGACGGGCUACCUAUAUAGUGACAGACCAAGAAUUUUCCGUCUAGAAGCAGUACCACGCACGAAGGGGAUAUCACGAAAGAGGCAGUUGAGGUUGUGUCUCAGCCCGGCGCAUCUCCAAAGAGGGAUAUGUAUCCCGUGGCUGAGCCUGGCUUUCAGUCGAGUGACCAGUCAUAGUAAACCACGCUUGUGUGACUGUACAAUUGCGAGAUAAUCAUGCUAUGAUUUCAUAUGUAAUGACUUUCGACGUUUAAGCAUUAGAUACCACCAGGAAGAAAGAGAAUUUUCAACUAAAAGCUACUCCUAAGCGUUAGUACCUAAGGUGCUAUGCCUUCUUGUUUCGAGAGAUUACGCUUCGUUUCCAUACGGUAACUUCAUCGUGUUGGAUCUGAUAACUAGUAUCAGCAAAUUGCACCUUUCUCAUGUUAUAGCUAACCGUAUUCCGUUCUUAUGCGCGAAUAGCUAACCCCCGAGGGCUGAGGCUCUGCGAGUUGGUAUAUCUCAACAGAUGUAAGUACAUACCUAGCUAUACGAAGAUAACCUAAUAUAUGUUCUACACGAAGCGUAGGACUUACUAAGAUUUAUGGAGAAUCUAUGUAGGAAG